AGCUUUCUAUAUGUCUGUUUACGACACCUCACUUCUAAAUCAGUUUCUACCGCAGUACUACAAGAAGAUAUUUCCGUUUAAGCCUUACGUGAAAUGGUUGUGCUACAAUCAAAAAUCUAGCGACUAUUUUGCUCGACGUGAAUUUGCUUUCAUCUUGGAAGGAGAUGUCCAUCUUCGAUACCGCAGUUUUAAUGAUCAGAAUGAAUUUGAGACGGAGCUAUGUAAGGUUAACCCACACAAGCUUGACAUAGGAGCAGUCUACACUCACAGACCUAAAGACAAUAAGAAACAUUCUGACUUCAAAGCAGUAGAGAGGGAGCUUGUGUUUGAUAUCGAUCUCACAGACUAUGAUAAUGUCAGAAAGUGUUGCUCAGAAGCAAAAGUUUGUGAGAAAUGUUGGCGAUUUGUAUCGCUCGCAGUUCAGGUGCUGGAUCGGUUAUUAGAUGAGCAUUUUGGAUUCAAAGCGCGUAUGUGGGUAUUCUCUGGCCGUCGUGGUGUUCAUUGUUGGAUUGGGGAUGAAAAAGCAAGGAAAUUAACUAACAUAGGACGAUCUGCUGUGGCUGAAUAUCUUUCGCUUAUUGUGGGUGAUAAACUUGAUAUGUUUGGAGGCAGAUCUUCGAAGAAACAGCAACCCAUCCAUCCAAUGGUUGAAACGGCUUAUCGCGUAGCCAUGGAUAGCGGCGAAAUGGAUGCUAUGGUAAUAGAGCAAGGCUGGCUUGAACUGGAUAAUGCACUCGCUGUCCUAAAAUACUGUGAGGAUUCGGAUCUUCAGGCAACUUUACGAGAGCAGUUCCAGGGAGUUGAUAGCGCUGAAAAGAGGUGGCAAUUACUGAAGCGUCGAUUUGACGAUAAGUAUCGAAAAGAGAUGACCCAAGCCAAACAAGUUGUUCCUGAGAGUGUUAGCGGGCCAAGCCGAAACUUCUUGCGAUGGUUUGUGCUCUGGCAUGCUUAUCCUCGCUUGGAUGUGAAUGUAUCAACAGGCUUGAAUCACUUGUUGAAAUCACCAUUUUGUAUUCACCCGAAGACUGGUAACGUCGCUGUGCCCUUGGAUGUGAGCAAUAUCAGCAGUUUUGAUGUGAAGGCUUGCCCUCGUGUUGACUUGCUAGUCAGUGAGCUAUCGAAGACCAUCGACGACGAGGACGUGAAGGAAAAUCGGAAGAUUUUAGGAUACAAGCAUACAUCUUUGGCACCUUAUGUUGAGAACUUCGAGAGAUUUGUGGAACUGGCUGUUUCCCAAUGACGACCCCACAAGUGCAUGGUAUUCGAUGAGAACUCUGUCAGUCUGUUACGGUGUAACCUUACAUACACUGAUUAUUCCUAAACUUACAAAAUUUGAACUAUGAUCUCUUUUCUUUUGAAUGUAAUUGCUUCUAAAUGUUUGGACGAUGAUAGUUGUAGAUAGAUUAAAAAUGUUGUUGUAAAUAUUUUUUGAAGUUUUUUGCUACUUCGUUGGGUGAGGGCUUUUUAUGGAUAAAAUGUUUACAAAUCUGAGG